AUGUAUUACGAUGAAUGGUUGAGACUUGGCGAGAGACUUGGAUUGUCCGGUGGAGACUUGAUCCUUUUCAUCAAAGAUAAGGAAGAGGAAUGUAUAGCAAGGGAAGAGAGAGCUCAACGACGUGAUGAAGAAAGGAGACAGAUGGAGAUGAACUUUGAACUGCAAAUGAAGGAGAGAGACUUAGAGAUUGAGCGUUUGAGGCUCACCAGAGUAGACAGUACUGACACUUGUAAGGCGUACAGACCUAAGAUUCCAAAGUUUGAUGAAGAGCACGAUAACAUUGACGCAUAUCUGGAAAGGUUUGAGAGAUAUGCUCAAAGUCAAAAGUGGGAAGAGGAGAGCUGGGCCAUAAGUCUUAGCUCACUUUUAACAGGAAUGGGACUGGAGGUGUACACAAGCAUGCCACAAGAAGAGGCCUGUAAUUACGAUUCUCUCAAGAAAGCGAUCCUAAGGAGGUAUCAGUUGACUGAAGAGGGAUUCAGAUCUAAAUUUCGACAAAGUAAACCAGACCAAGGAGAGUCGGUCUUCCAAUUUGUGUCAAGAAUAAAGAGAUACUUCAGUCGUUGGACUGAACUGGCUGGAAUAGAAAAGACGUAUGAAUCCUUAUGUGAUUUAAUGAUAAGAGAGCAGUUUAUUGAAGGUUGUUCGGCCGAAUUAGCGGUGUUUCUGAAAGAGAGAACACCAAAGUCGAUGGACGAGAUAACACGUCUUGCAGAGCAGUACAUCGAAGCACAUAAGGGGACACCUUCAAUAUUGUCGAAGAGUGUUGCGCCACAAAGGAAGCACAACUCCACCAACCAUGAGCAGUCCAGUCGAAAGACAGAAGAGAAGAAUGGGUUGCGGAAAACCUGCUUUAUAUGUAAUAAAGCAGGUCAUUUAGCGCGUGACUGUAGACAAAACAGCAGGAGUAACACUCCAAAGAGUUGCUUUAUCUGUAAUAAAGCAGGACACUUAGCCAGAGAUUGUAAGCAGAUGAGAUCAGCUCCAGCAAAGAAUGACCAGAAGUUAGCAGCAGUGUGUGUUCAAACGGAUCUUAAAAGGGGAGAGGAACUUGGAGGUACAGAGAGGAUUCGUAGGAACAGAAGAAGUGAAAGUGUUAAGGGACACUGGAUGCGAAUCCGCUGCUGUAAGAGAGACUUAGUCAAAGAAGAGCAAUUUCUAGGCAAAGAAAUAGUGAUGAUCACAAUAGAUGGGGACGCCAAAGUUGUACCUAUGGCGAAGAUAUGGGUUGAUACUCCGUAUUACAUUGGAGAAAUUGAGGCAAUGGUACCAAAGUCGUUGAUUUGUGACUUAGUCAUUGGGAAUGUUCCUGGUGUACUUGAUAGACCUGAUCCUGAAUGGAAAAAGAAGAUUGCUGAUACAUCAGUAGCUGCGGUUAUGACAAGAUCACAGAGUAGAAAAGCAGAGCUACCAACGAAAGCACUGAAUGUGCCGAAGCCCUCUGUGAAACAGAAGCUAAUGUGGAGACAUUAA